CAGGUCAUGGUGGAGAGGUCUGACAGAAUGUGGUCCACUGGAGAAGGGAAUGGUCUAAGACAUCUCAAAUUUGGCCUAAGAUGUAAACUUACAGAUUGAUGAAUCUGAGUGAUCCUCAAAGUUAAUCAAAACUAAUCAAGAAAAAAAUAGAGAAAAACAGAAAAAGUCAAUAUCACUACAAAUACCACAAAUAUCAAAAAGAUGAGGAUAUUGUGAACAAUUUUAUGCAAAUUGAAAACUUAAAUGAAAUUAGCCAUCUUACCAAAUGCAGCUUAAUCAAAACAAAUACCAGAACAAAGAGAAAACCUUAAUAGCUCUAUAUCUAUUAAAGGGAUUAAUUCAUAAUUUUAAAACCUUCCACUAAAAUAUCUCUACACACAGAUGGCUCAAUUCAGUUGUUCUGAGGUAAAAGUGAGAAUUUGCAUUUCAGAUAAGUUCUCAGAUGCAGUACCACACUUUGAUAAUCUCUGUUAUAGGGUGCUUUUCUAGAAUUAAAAACUGUAAGCUCUGAGUAUGCACAUUUUAAAGUUUUGAGUAUUAUGUAUUUGUAUCCUUUGUAAAUUAUUUUAAUGAUUUACCUCUUAUUUAUCUGUAAGAGCUCUUUAUAUAUUAAAGAUACCCAUUCUUUGCCAAGUAUACUGCAGGUAAUUUCCCCAGUGUGUCACUGUCUUUCUAACUAUUUUAUAAAUAUUUUGUCAUCCAGAAAUGUUACACAUUAUAUAGUCAAGGGGGAGUAGAAGUUACAAAUAAAGCAAUGAGUUUAUGAUUGUCAAAGUUGGUAAGUGGGGACAUGGGAGUUCAUUGCACUCUAUGCUCUACUUUUGUAUGUGUUUAAAUUUUUCCAGAAUGAAAAUAUAUCAAACAUACCACCUUAUCGAUGUUAGAUGUUUAUAGGUCACUGGAUAUCCUCAUCAUAAAAAGCCACAGCGUAAAACCUUUGUUGUAUUUAUUUCAUAUUUGUGUCUGCUUGUUUGAAGUGCUCGAAGCGCUUAACAUGGAGGAAAUGAUGUCCACCAUUUCCUGCUGGAUGGAAAACCCACCACACUCUCUGGUAUCAACACAUGAGGAAAGCACUGAGGAAAUUCCCAUCUUAAUUAUUGAAGGUUUCCUUCUCUUCCAUUAUAAGCCCCUUGACACUAUAUGGAAUAGAAGCUAUUUUCUGACAAUUCCGUAUGAAGAGUGUAAGCGGAGGAGGAGUUUUGUGUUUCUGUCAGCAUCUGUCAGCAUAAAGUUUCCUACAUAUUUUGACAGUACAAGGGUCUACAAGCCUCCAGACGUCCCAGGGUACUUUGAUGGCCACGUGUGGCCCAUGUACCUAAAGCACAAAAAAGAAAUGGAGAAUGUCUCCUGGGAAAUUGUUUAUCUAGAUGGAACAAAAUCUGAGGAAGACCUCUUUUCACAAGUAUAUGAAGAUCUAACACAAGAACUAGCAAAGCAAAAGGGUGUGCGAGUGACAGCAUAAAGUUGGAAUGGACUGAAACUUCCCUGGAGUGAACUGGAAAAUUCAAAGGAAUCUAUUCAAGCACCAUAACCAAGAUACGCUGUGCACUCUGGUACAGUGACAGUGUGUUGUUUUGUUUGUUUGCUCUGUCACACAUGAUUUCCUUAACACAGGGAACAGUGAGUGGCUAUCCAUGAUAAUGGACCUAAAUUUACCCUAAUGCUUUUCUCACACCAAGAAGUGCACAGAUACAGCAUAGCUCACAGAGACUGAGUCAUUUUCACUAGACCAAUGAUUUUCAAACUUCUAUGAAUGGGACCCAAAGUAAAAAAUAAGAUGUAGAUCACAAUCCAGUAUAUAUGUAAUCUACUGAUGUGUGUGUUUGUGUGGAUGAGUCUAUAUAUGUAUGCAAAUGUGUCUAUAUUUGUUGCAUGUAUCAUAUCAAGUAUCAUAUAACAUUUACCUCACAUACAGUAUGCUCUUUAUAUUUUUCUAUUUUUAAUUUUUAAAAAAUAUUUGUUACCAUCCCAUACCGGAUGCCCACCUCCUGCAAAUAAUGGGAUUACCAGGAGUAGCGAUCAUAUUGAAUAAAUCAACAAUUUGCAACAGUA